AUGUAUUGGUGUUUGCACUUCUGUUGCGCCGUCGGUUUUCUUGGAGUGGCGAUUAAACUGCAAAACAGUGUGGGACCCAAGUUGCUGGGUGUGGGUGUGCCGUUCAGGGGUUUCUGCCUGCACCUGCAGGACCAUGCACACAAGCACAACGUUCCCAUGGACUGGACGAGCUGCGACAUCCCCUUGUCAGAGUUGGCAUUGCACAACCAUCCAAACGACUGCUGGAUCGCGCUCUUCGGCGACGUCUACGACCUGACGGACUUCCUGCAGCACUAUCCGGAGCAGCGCAACGCCAUCUUGGCAUGGGCCGGCCGCGAUGCGACUCCAAUGUUCGACAUGGUCCCGGGCAGCUUUCCCAGUAAGCACUGGAUGGAGUACUACAUGCGUCCGCACUUCAAGACCGGCACGGUCGGGCCGGAGACUGGCCCGCAGCAGCUCAUUGCCAUCAACACCCCGUUCUGGUAUCAGACUCUGGAUGAGGCGCUGGACGCGGAGGAUUGGCAAUGA